AUGGGCAGAGAUAAGGCAGAAGACAGGAGUAUAACAGAUACAACAAGAAUUUACAGCAAGACAAUACUAAGGAUCUCCAGUUGCACAAUAGGUGGAGGUCAAAGUAAACAAAUCUGUUCAUUCAAUGAUGUACUACAGAAUAUCAGUCUGGACAAAAUUCCAGGUGCUGGUGUACGCCCUGUGAAGAACUGGCAGACAAUAUCAGAAAUCUUUGUAGACAUGUCCCUGUACACUGUUGUCGACUUGGACACAAGUUCCCAAACACUUAUAACAUAUGUCUGGUUAACUUUGGAAUGGACCAAUGAAUUCAUAUCCUGGAAGCCAAAUGACUUCUGUGGGAUUACGGACUUUAUCACUCUGGGAGAUACACUUUGGAAACCAGACCUAUACAUUUAUGAAAUGACAGAGUCAGAUGACAAAACCCCAGUGAUUCCUUACACCAUUGUACAGAAUGAUGGCAAAAUCAUUAUUUCCAAGCCUUUAAGGAUCAUCAGUUCCUGCAACAUUGAUAUCUUCAAGUUCCCAUUUGACACACAGACUUGCAGUCUGACCUUUGGUUCUUACAGUUACACUGUGAAAGAUAUUGUCAUGCUUCCGAGCCUCAAUUCCUCUGAUGUCUACGCAAGCUCUAUGAACAUUUAUGUAAGCAAAGGAGACUGGAGCUUGUUGAAUAUCACAGUCAUAAACCAAACUUUGAUUACUGGUAAUGAAGAAUUUAGUAAAGUUACCUAUAUGAUAACGAUAAAACGGUCCCCUAUUGUUUAUGUGAUUAAUCUCAUCAUCCCAGCUUGUUUCAUGGUUUUCCUGGAUGUUGCCAGUAUGUUCAUACAGAUGGGCUCUGGGGAAAGGCUUGGAUUCAAAAUAACCAUUGUUCUGGGGUUCUCUGUGCUCUUGCUGAUUUUAAAUGAUAUGGUGCCUAAUUCUGACAGCUCCCCUAUUUUAGGUAUAUUCUGCACUGUUUGUCUGGCUGUAAUGGUGACCAGCACGAUUGGUUCCAUUUUAACCAACUAUAUGUUGACACUAUCAGACACGCGGCCAAAUGUACCUAACUGGGUAAAGACUUGGAUCCUAAAACGUUUAGCACGUGUCCUGCUUUUUAAGUUGAACAAAGAUGAGAAAGAUCUUGCAGUCUCAAUAGACACAGAUCCGAAUGUUAGGAAAACAGAUAACCAGCCUGACAUGGCGCUACGAAAGAAAACAGAAGACUCCGUAAAAGCGAUUAAAGUAACUCUGGAAGUGAGUUUAUUAAAAAGAUUGUUGGCUGCGGUUCUGAAGAUACACCAAGACCUGAAUUUGUCCAGGAAUGAGCAGGAUGCCAAAUCAGAGUGGUACCUGGCUGCUCUUGUAGUGGAUAGGCUGAUUCUAUUUUUGUAUUUAAUUAUUGUCAUUGUAAUAUUUUCUGUUGUUAUUAUUGUCUGGACAAAAUAACUUAUAUCUAUAAACAAAAUUACA